CCUCUCUGGUCUUUAAGUACCUUCUCUCUCUCUCUCUCUCGCUCUUUUACUGUACUGCCUCUCCACCUGCCCUCCUGCAAGCCCAAUACUCGAUCCCCGAUUUCGGUUCUACUUCCGGAAUUAGCCUCUUUUCGAUUGUCUUCCUGUCAAACUUCCCCCCCCUCCUCUCCGCCUCUCUUCCUGCUGCCUACUUCUCCGCACAUCACAACUCAGUUCCACCACGAUGGCACCGCCUAUCACAAUUGUGCCGUCUCUCGAGACCGCGGGCGAGGUCAUCGACUCCGUUCAAGACGCCAAGUUCGCUCCCAACCUCCUGCCGCUAGUGACCUCCAUCCCAGCCGACCUCUUGACUCCUACGCUGGCAUACCUAAAGAUCGCAGAGAAAUCGAAAUUGUCGUUCCUCUACGAAAGUGCCGCUACGACAGAGACCAUUGGAAGAUAUAGUUUCAUUGGAGCCGAUCCCCGCAAAGUUCUCAAGACGGGCGCCGGUCAUGGACCCGAGUGUGAUCCGCUCCCGAUCCUGGAGGAGGAGCUGUCUGGUUUCCGUGUCGCGACAGUGCCCGGCUUGACGCUCCCGCCGCUGACCGGAGGUGCGAUCGGCUACGUGGGUUAUGACUGUGUGCGGUACUUCGAACCCAAGACGGCCCGCCCGAUGAAGGAUGUGUUGGGUAUCCCCGAGUCGUUGUUCAUGCUCUUCGACACGAUCGUCGCUUUCGAUCACUUCUUCCAGGUCGUCAAGGUCAUCACAUACAUCCCUAUUCCCAGCAGCAAGACCGAGCUGGAGGCAGAGUACCGCAAGGGCCAGGAAGUCCUACAGCGCAUCAUCGCAACUCUACUACGCCCCGACCACCCUCUUCCGCCUCAGGGCCCCAUCCUCCAGAACCAGGAAUACACCUCGAACAUCGGACGCGAAGGCUACGAGCGUCAUGUUACACGCCUCAAGGAGCACAUCUCCAAGGGUGACAUCUUCCAGACAGUACCGUCGCAGCGAUUGUCCCGCCCGACCUCUCUCCACCCCUUCAACCUCUUCCGGCAUCUACGCACGGUCAACCCGUCACCAUACCUUUUCUACAUCGACUGCGAAGACUUCCAGCUGGUGGGUGCCAGUCCGGAGCUGCUGGCUAAGGAGGAGAAGGGCCGCAUCAUCACGCACCCAAUCGCGGGUACGGUGAAGCGCGGCCGGACGCCGGAGGAAGAUGAGGCGUUGGCCAACGAGUUGCGGAGCAGUCUGAAGGACCGCGCGGAGCACGUGAUGCUGGUGGACCUGGCGCGCAACGACGUGAACCGGGUUUGCGACCCCACGACGACACAGGUGGACCGGUUGAUGGUGGUGGAGAGGUUUUCGCAUGUGCAGCACCUAGUGUCACAAGUGUCGGGCGUUCUGCGACCGGACAAGACGCGGUUCGAUGCGUUCCGGUCCAUCUUCCCCGCGGGAACAGUGUCCGGGGCGCCCAAGGUGCGGGCGAUGCAGCUGAUUGCCGAGCUGGAGGGCGAGAAGCGCGGUGUGUACGCGGGCGCGGUGGGUUACUUUGGAUAUAACAUCGCCAGCGCGAAUGGUACGGCGGAGGUGCCGGGCGCGAUGGACACCUGCAUUGCGCUGCGGACGAUGAUGGUCAAGGACGGAGUGGCCUACCUGCAGGCGGGAGGAGGCAUUGUGUUCGACUCGGACCCAUACGAUGAGUACGUGGAGACGUUGAACAAGCUGGGAGCGAACAUCACCUGCAUCAAGGGCGCUGAAGCCAAGUACCUGAGCUUGGAGGAAGAGCAGAAAUCCUAG